AUGGCGAGCAAUCAUGUACUCAUUGCGGUGAUGGGCAUGGUCGGAAGCGGGAAGACUAGCUUCGUGAACUUAGCGAGUGGGUCCGCCUUCAAUGUCGGGGACAACUUGCGGUCCUGCACCGCUGACGCUCAAGUCUCGAAGCCCUUCCAACUCGACGGAAGGCAAAUUUCGCUUAUCGAUACACCGGGAUUCGACGAUACCACCAAGAGUGAUUUUGACGUCCUCAACACCAUUGCCACUUUCUUAGCGCAGUCAUACAAGCAAGGUACAAAGCUCGCAGGAAUUAUCUAUUUGCACCGCGUGUCUGAUGUCCGCAUGGGCGGCAUCUCGACCCGCUGCUUCCGAAUGUUCAGGGAGCUGUGCGGAGAGACGACAUUCAAGAAUAUCGUCAUUGUAACCAACAUGUGGGAUCAAGUCUCGCAAACAGUCGGUAACGCCCGCGAAGCCGAGUUAGCGAGUGAUACACUGUUCUUCAAACCAGUGUUGGACAAGGGAGCACAGCUCCUCCGCCACAACAAUACGGCUGACGGCGCAAAGAACAUCCUGCGCCACAUCAUCGAGAACCAUCCUCUCCCAUUGCUUGUCCAGACUGACCUAGUGGAUCGAAAGUUAGAUCUUUCUGGAACGUCUGCCGCCAAUGCGCUCGACUGUGCAGUGAACAAACAGAAGGAAAAGCACAGAAUUGAGCUUGCACGUGUCCGUCAGGCCAAAGAUGAAGCGUUGCGGUCCAAGGCCCAGGAGAAGCCAGAAGUAGUGGCACAGUGCACUUCGCAGCUCAGAACCAAUCUCGCUUACUUGCGAGUCGACUUUGAAAACAAACAGAAGACAUUCGCUGCCAGUAAUGCGACGCUCCAUCAACAAGUCCUCGAUCAUUCCAGUGCCUCUCGGAUAGCAACCACGCAUAUCAUUUCCGAGUAUGAGGGGCGUUUGCAAUCGUUGACUCAGAAUUUUCAGAAUGUGCGAAGGCAACAAGAAAGCGAGAAAGCUGGUUUGAUCAGCAGACUCAACCAGCUACGGUCGUAA